AUGAUAUUCUCAAACCCUCUAUUUCUCGACCUCGUCGUCGGCUCCUUGGCCUUGGCUCUGAUAUACAAAUUCAUCAAAUAUCAGAAUGAGCGAAGGAUCGACGAACAAUUUGCAGCAAAGAAUGGAUGCCAACCACUCAAGCAUUGGAAUGCAAAAUGGCCUCUGGGGCUUGAUUUGCUCCUCAAAGCUUUCGAGUAUGAUCGCAGGCAGCAGACUCUCCAAUUCUUUCUAGACGUAGUAGCUCAGUCGGGAAAUACCUUUGAGCAGAAGCUCCUCUUUGCUCGAGGCAUUGAUACAAUUGAGCCUCAGAACAUUGAGGCUAUCCUUUCGACGCAGUUUUACGACUUUGAUCUAGGGCUACGACCGGUGCACUUUGACCCUCUGAUGGGUAGCGGUAUCUUCACUCAAGAUGGAGAACAAUGGCAGCACUCACGCGAUCUUCUACGACCGCAAUUCAUGAGUAACAGGAUGGAAAACUUCGAACAGGUCAAGUCUGCCGUGGAUGCCCUGAUCGACCGUGUCCCCGAGGAUGGAGUGGUAGACCUACAGCCGCUCUUUUUCCGCCUCACAUUUGAGACCACUCUGUUCCUGCUGUUUGGAAAGCAUCUGCCAAGCCUCAAGUCUGAGGGAAUAACAGGUCGAGAAGCCGAAUUUGCAGACGCUUUUAACCGAGGCCAGGACUACCUUGCACAGCGAGGACGUCUCGGCAAUUUCCACUGGGUCAUUGGUGGAAAGGAUUUUCGAAGAGUGUGUCAAGUCUGCCACGAUUUCGUAGAUGUUGCUGUGAAGAAGGCUUUGGAUCGCUAUGGCCCGUCGAAGUCGACAGGUUCCACUGAAUCGUACACUUUCGUGGAUGCUAUUAUCGAGAAAACCACAAAUCCAAAAGUUUUGAGAGACCAAUGCCUGAAUAUUCUUUUGGCUGGAAGAGACACAACAGCGUGCUGCCUGACAUGGACACUACGCCUACUUGUUCAACAUCCUAAAGUUCUUACCAAGCUCCGGCGCGAAAUUGAAAACACGGUCGGUGUUGGUUUGGGAGCAUCAAACCCCGCAAUCGGUCAAGUGAAGAAACUACCGUAUCUAUCGAUUGUGGUCAAAGAAGUCCUCCGACUGUAUCCAUCCGUUCCAGUGAACUCACGUGCAGCUACGAAGACGACAACCCUUCCAACUGGAGGAGGUCCCGAUGGAACAGCUCCAAUUCUAGUGCGAAAAGGCGAAGCUGUCGGAUAUUGUGUCUAUGCCAUGCACCGUCGAAAAGACCUUUUCGGAUCUGAUGCUGAUUGUUUCCGCCCUGAACGCUGGGAGAAUGACGCUCUGAAAGAUAUUGGAUGGGGCUAUUUGCCUUUUAAUAGGGGUCCACGAGUGUGUCUCGGUCAGCAGUUUGCUGAGCUGGAGGCUGCAUACACCGUCGUCAGGUUAAUACAGAUGUUUGAAACGAUCGAAAUGACAGAGGACAAGCAAUUUAACAUGCCGGUGGGCGAGGAAAAGCAGAUUCUCACCUUGGUCGUCUCCAGUGGCGAUGGCUGCUGGGUUCGAAUGAAAAGGUAUACGGUAUGA